CUCAGCCCCAAUUUCCUCUGGAAGUGAGAGAGAGAGAGAGAGAGAGAGAGAGAGAUAAUGGAGAAGGAAAAGAGAGCUUGCAGAGGCCACGUCCUGGUGCUUCCAUACCCAACCCAAGGCCACAUAAACCCAACCCUCCAAUUCUCUAAACGUUUAGUCUCAAAAGGCUUGAAAGCUACACUUGCUGUAACCAUCUUCAUCUCCAAGUCCAUGAAAUCUGAAUCGAGUUCAGUAAGUAUUGAAACCAUCUCUGAUGGCUUCGAUGAUGGUGGUUUCGCGAAAGCCGAUAGCAUCGAGACCUAUCUCUCAUGUUUACAAGAAAGAGGUUCACAAACCUUGACUGAGCUCAUAAAGAAACAAUCUGAUUCAGGUUACCCUGUCAAUUGCCUUGUGUACGACUCAUUCUUACCAUGGGUUUUGGAUGUAGCCAAAGAUUUUGGCUUGAUUUCAGCUGUAUUCUUCACUCAAUCUUGUGCCGUUGAUAACAUCUAUUGCCAUGUCCAAAGGGGAGUUCUCACCAUCCCACCACCGGCGGACCGGAGUACUUUUUCAGUUCCAGGGCUGCCACCACUUCAACUACAAGACUUGCCAUCUUUUCUUUAUGUAGUAGGAUAUUGUCCUGGUUACGCAGCAAUGGUUGUGAAUCAAUUCUCUAAUAUAGAUGAAGUAGAUUGGGUUCUUGUGAACACCUUUGACAAAUUGGAGAAUGAGGUGGUGGAUUGGAUGGCAAAACUCUGGAGAUUGCGGACGAUUGGACCAACUAUACCAUCCAUGUACCUUGACAAGAGGAUUGAAGAUGAUAAAGACUACAAUGUUAAUCUCUUCAAUCCUAACACUAGUAUGUGCAUGAACUGGUUAAAUGAUAGGGUAAGUGGAACUGUUGUGUAUGUAUCAUUUGGGAGCUUGGCUAAUCUUGGAGUUGAGCAAAUGGAAGAACUAGCAGAAGGUUUGAAGAGGAGCAACAGUUACAUCCUAUGGGUAGUGAGGGCAUCAGAGAGAGACAAGCUCAGUAACCAGUUUGUGGAUGAAGCAUCAGACAAGAGGUUGGUGGUGACAUGGUGCCCUCAGUUAGAUGUGUUAGCCCACAAGGCAGUAGGAUGCUUUUUUACACACUGUGGUUGGAAUUCUACUCUAGAGGCACUGAGCUUAGGGGUUCCUAUGGUUGGAAUGCCACAGUGGACAGAUCAAACCACUAAUGCAAAGUAUGUUGAGGAUGUUUGGGGAGUAGGAAUCAGAGUUAGGGUUGAUGAUAAAGGGAUUGUAAGAAAAGAAGAGGUAGAGCUAUGUAUAAGGGAAGUUAUGGAGGGAAAGAGAGGGGAAGUGAUUAAGAAGAAUUCCAUCAAAUGGAAGAGUUUGGCUAAAGAAGCAAUGGAUAAAGGUGGAAGUUCAGACAUUAAUAUUGAUGAAUUUGUAGCUCAAUUAGUAUCCAAAUAACAUGAAUUCGAUUGCUUAAUAGGAAUUCUCAUAUGUUAUUUUCUUGGGA